AUGUCUUCUGAGGAUCGUUGGUCUGCGGGUGAAGAGGAAAGCCAAGUGUCUAAACUGCUUAGGAAGUCUCAAGAUUUUCCUUUCAUCCCCGUGGUUUAUCUCAUCCACACGAGGGUGGCCGCCCAGGGAUUUGUCGUGGGAGCGAUGACUAUUGGCGUUCUCUACUCCAUGUAUAAGGAUUUCGUCCGACCUCUGACAGGAAAAGAAAAUGAAGCCUCGACCCAAGCACAAGAAGGAUCAGAGGUCGCCGGACCCUUGGCCUCGAUUCCGGAGUGGACGGCCCUUGACUGGCUGCUCCCCUUUUCAACCUUCCCGUGA